AUGAAGUUAGCUGAGUCGAUAAAAUCAUGCAAAGACUCCAACCAAGCCAGGCAAAUCCACAAGCUUGUGGAGGAGCACAGAGAGCACAUAUCUCAGGACACUUUUCUCUACUUGAGCAAGCUUCUCAUACGGAUGUACGUGCGCUGCUCCUGCACAGCUCCUGCCAAGAACAUCUUCGACCUCAUGGAGCACAGAGACGUUUUCUGCUGGAAUCUGAUGCUCACAGCAUUUGCCCAGGAUGGCUGCCUCCGCGAGGCGCAGAAACUGUUUGAUGCCAUGGAGUUCAGGACCACCGUUUCAUGGACAAUCAUGCUGGCGGCUUAUUCACAGCAGGGGCAAAUAGCUCAGGCCGAGAUCUUAUUUCUCUCUAUGCCCGAAAGAGAUGAUGUUGCGUGGAAUGCGAUGUUGGCGGCAUAUACCCUUCACGGGCAUGUUGUUGCCGCAGCUCGAUGCUUCGAAUCAAACCCAAGACCGAACUUAACAUCGUGGAACUGCAUGCUGGAUGGGUUUUCGCGUGCUGGAAAGCUGCACAAUCUAGUGGAGACUUUCAAGAAGAUGCCACUGUGGGAUAUGAUCUCAUGGAACACUCUGCUAUCUGCAUAUGCCCAGUCAGGGCAUAUGGAAACACUAAACAAUGUCUUCCGUGCUAUGCCUUGUCACAACCUUGUCUCGCUCACUUCCAUGCUAACUGCGUACUCAAACCACACUUGCUACUUCGGAAGGGCUCGGAUUUUGUAUAGAUCGCUGCCUGCGUACACUCUGGUGACUUUCACAGCCAUGAUAACAGCAUACACACAAAAUCAAAGUAUCAGCGAAGCGAAGCUCUUGUUUGACGACAUGCCGGAAUGGGAUCUUGUCUCCUGGAACUCCAUGCUCGCGGCCUAUGCCCGGAACGGACAUAUCGAGCAAGCCAUUUGCUUCUUUGAAAGCAUGCCUGUGGUGGACAUCUUCUCCUGGAACUCCAUUCUCUGGGCCUACUCAGUUGGAGGCCAUGUCGACCAGGUGAAGAUUUUGUCACAGGCGAUGCCGGAGAUGGACCUUGUGUCGCUAAACUCGGUCCUGUCCGUCAAUGGAAGCUUGGGCGAGAUCGAGGCGUUCUUCUCUUGUAUGCCGUCUCGUGACUUGGUGUCGUGGAAUUCCAUGCUCGCUGCAUACGCACAGAACGGACGUGUCCGGCAAGCCCAGGAGUUGUUUCAAGCCAUGCCUGAUCGUGAUCUCACUUCCUGGAGGACAGCCUUGUCCAACCACGCCCGCAACGUCGAUGGCUUCCAGAAAGACGUGUUUGAAGACCUGAAUGUCCAAGGUGAGAAUCCGGACGAGAUGUGCUUUACGAGCUUACUGUUUGGAUGCAGCCACAGGGGUGAUGCUACCCAAGCGUGCAAGCUCUUCGCUUCCAUGCUGGUCGAUUAUGGGCUGGAGCCAACCAAGUUGCAAUUUAGCUGCAUCAUCGACCUUCUAGCUCGUGCGGGCCACCUGAGAGAUGCCAAUGAUCUCAUCGUCAACAUGCCUUUCAUGCCUAUUGCUGAAGACGUACAGAGCUUGCUGGCGUUCUGCUUUCCAAAGCCAGCGUAA